AUGGCAAUGCUUGCAAACACGGAGAAGCCUGUGACUUUCGGCGCCACAGUGGACGCACCCCAGCAGACGCUCCGCUCUCCACCUUCCAACGACUCCACCGUGUCAACGACGGCUGCCAAACAAGACAUGGGCCUCGACUCUUCGAAUCCCUUUUCUGCCUUCUACAAGCACCCGGACGCACGCCGCUCCAUGGACGGCCCUCCCCAGACCAAGACGCACCUCGACGUCAACAUCUACGACCGCGACCUGGAGUCCGGAGUCCCCCUUUCAGCGGCUACGACGCAGCAGCCCAAAGUGUCAGUCGAUGGACGUGUCAAAGAGUGCACAAUGUGGCCGUCACGGCAGGCAAUAAUGGAGAAGAAGAAGCUCAGCCAGCGGGCAAAGGGCUGCAGCUUCUUCCACAACCUGAGCAACAAGCAGAGACUUUGGGUUAAGAUCAUCAUUGCUUUAUUUCUUGUCGCUGCUGCGGCUGGCACGGGCAUAGGCAUUUCCAAGGCCGUAGGUGGAGGGGUCUGGAAGAAGCCCGGCGAGCACGGCGAUAUUCAAUAG